AUGUUCGCUCACCAGAAACGUUCUUCUCACAACAACACCACCACCGCCGCCGCCAGCACCUCUACCUCACCAACUGCAGCCGUCGCCGCCACAGCCGAGUCAUCGACAUCUCGCCAGCGGCAGGACCAGGACGACAAACCCCGUACCGACGACACCAAAUCGCGACGACAACCCGCUGCCGCUGUCGCUUCAUCUUCCAAAGCGACUCCCAGUGCCAGUGCAAGCGCCGCUCCCGUCGCUGUCGCCGAGUCGUCUUCCGUUCCUUCGUCGUCCAAGUCUCCAGCCCCCCGAUCCGCCACCACGAUGCCUGCCUACACCUCCCGCGAUGUUGGCGACCCGUCGCAGAUCAAGAAGAACAAGCAGUCGAUGGCCGAUCUCAAGCUGCGCCGAUUGACGGAACUCAACAACCGCUUGCGCGAGGAUCUCGAGAGGGAACGUAUUCCGGUUAGCAAUGCUUCUAAGAGCAUCAUUGCCUACUGCAACAGCACGAGAGACUACAUGGUUCCUUCGGUCUGGGGCGCUGUCCCCCGUGGCGAGGAUCCCUACGCACCACAACAAAGCGGCGGAUGCUGUAUCGUGAUGUAA